AAUCCUGCCUACUUCAUGUCAGUCUAGUUAGCAACAAAAUAUUUUAGUCAUUGCUAACCAAUCCUAUUGCCCAAACAUCUAGUAACUCCUUAUUUAGCUAUCUUGGUUUGUUGUACCAUAGGUAUGUAACAUUUCCUGUCUCAUCGCCCAGCUCUCUGAAGAAGUGACCAGUUGUAGGAGCCUCCCUUCUGUAGAAGUAAAGAAUUCUGACUUUGGAUUACUGGUACUGAUCUCCAAAAAUGAAACUGCAUAGCCUCAUCCUGUCAUCAGCCAUUCUCAUCACAGCCAUCUGGUCUUGUCUAGCCGAGGAGCCCACAAAGACGACCUUCUGUAUAGAUACGCCAGGAACGAAUUUAAGAGAAGGAAGACCUGGGCAGCCUGGCCUGAAAGGAGACAAGGGAGACACAGGGCCGCCAGCCAAUGAGAGACGCAUCGCAGCGCUGGAAUCCCAACUUGAGUCAAUGUCCAGGCUCUGGGAGCAGUUUGCUAAACUUGAAAGACGCUUUACCUUCACACACUGGAGGCUUCAUAAACACAAGCUCUUUGCUGUCACCCUCAAUCGAGGCACCUUUGAAAAUGGCCUGAAGCUCUGCCAGGAGGCAGGAGGUAUUAUGCCGUACCCAGAGAAUGAAGAGGAAAACAACAUCUUCCGCGAUUUGUACAAUAUAGUCGGACUGAUUUACAUCGGUGCCACUGAUACGGAGACAGAGGGGACCUUCGUGGACCUUAACGGCAGACCUUUGUCAUUCACUAAGUGGAAGGCUGGAGAGCCCAGUAACGGAGAAGGCAACGAGAACUGCAUUCAUAUUUGGGAUAACGGAGAGUGGAAUGACAAAAACUGCAAUAGUGAAAUGCAUGCCAUCUGCCUGUUUCUGCCAAGUUCUGCGUAGUUUUACAUUGCCAGGAGAAGUUGGGGUUAUUGAGAGGGUUUAAUUGGCACAGACAAAGCUUCUCCAUUUAGCUUGCCUGGAUCAGCUACCAGGCUUUUACAAGCAGAUGUGUAUCAUGAAAUAAAUGCUUAUUGCUAUUUC